GUAUACUUAUUUGGUUUUGUCAUUUUAUUCGAGUUUUUAUCAUGGAUGAGGAUGAAUUUGAGGCGAAGUAUGUGUGUCCCAUUUGCUGUGAAGUAUUUAAGAAUCCAGUAAUAGCACCUUGCUUUCAUAGGUUUUGUAAAGAAUGUAUAAAGAAAUCAAUUAGUCAAUCAGCUCCAGCCUGUCCUGUGUGCAGAAUUAACGUAAGAAAAAGAGAUCUAAUUGAAGACAAAGUGACGGAAAGAGAAAUAUCGAUCAGUACUGUCAUUUGCAAACCUUGCGGACAGGCAUUUGGACUUUUGUAUUUUAAUUCCCAUUCAGUGACAUGUAGGAAGCGUACUGUACCACAAUCUCAAUUUAAACAUGUUAAUCCAGCAAGUUUACCCCCAAAUCGCUCAACAUUUGCAUGUCCAUUAUGCAGUAAGACUAAUCUAGAUUGUUUGGGAUUGGUCAAACAUUGCAACGAGCGUCACAAAAAUGACCACUCUCAAGUUGUAUGUCCUAUAUGUGCCUCCAUGCCAUGGGGUAGUAGGAGUCAAGUUAGCAGUAACUUCAUGAGUCACUUAAACAUGAGACACAACUUUGAAUAUGACACUUAUGUGGACUAUGAACAAGAUGAUGAAGAAUCAUUACGAGCUGCCAUUGAAGCUUCUUUAAUUGAGAAAUAGUCAGGAAUUCAUCAAGCAUUAUUCACAUUAUAAUUAUAUUAUAUUUAAAAUUCAAAUUAAAUUUUUACUUUACAAAUAUGUCAUUAGUUGAUGGA